CGUCGAGACUACAGUUCCCAGCAUGCAGCACCGUCGCCCUUUGUUUUUGACGCCCCGAUGGACCCUGCUUCGGAAGGAUUUUUUGGACUCCAGAGGACGGUUCUUCGAGUCACAGCCCACCUGGGGGCAUGUGGCUACGGGGAAGUUCUGGCCGGUUGAGUCUGUUCAGGCGAAGCUGCGGAGAGAUGGCCUGGCGGCUUUGCAGGACUCUGUCCAGGCAGCGUUCCGGGCAGCCCCAGCUGGGUCCUCCUGGGGCCUUCCUGCCUUUGAACAGUGGUGGCGGGCGGGCACUCUGUCCCCAGCACGCUUGAGAGCGGGGGCCGCCAUCUCCAUGGCCACGGCUGCGAGCGGGCCCUUCGCCGGCGGGUCGCCGCGGGACAUCCUUUGGCGCGUUUUGGGCUGGAGGAUAGUUACCAGCGUCGUCUGGUCAGUGCUGCUUCUCCCUGUCUGCAUCACAGCAUUUAUAGUCUUCAGCAGCAUCGAUUUAUUCCACCCUAUACAGUGGCUGUCAGAUUCUCUCAAUGAGUUCUAUAGUUCCCAAGUAAUCUUUUACCUCCUGCUGCUGGCUGUGGUCAUUAUAAUAAUAAGUAUUUUCAAUGUGGAGUUCUAUACAGUUGUGCCCUCCAUACCCGGCUCCCGACUGGCGCUGAUAGCACGGAUCCUUCACCCUCAGCAGCUCACGCACUCCUUCAUACAUGCUGUGAUGGGAAUGGCAGUGGCUUGGUGUGCAGCCAUCAUGACCAAGGGCCAGUCCAGGUCUCUGGUAGUUCCCUGCACUGGAACGGAGAGCUUAGAUAGCCCUGCUGCUCAAACCUGCAUGAAUGAAUAUCAUCUGUUUUUCCUACUGUCUGGAGCAUUCAUGGGCUAUAGCUAUAGUCUUCUGUAUUUCAUUAACAACAUGAAUUAUCUUCCGUUUCCUAUUAUACAGCAGUACAAAUUUUUGCGUUUCCGGAGAUCUCUCCUCUUACUAGUUAAACAUAGCUGUGUGGAAUCCCUGUUCAUGGUCAGAAAUUUCUGCAUUGUGUAUUAUUUUUUUGGUCAUAUUCCCAAAGCGUGGAUUAGCACUGCUCUGGACCUUCGCACAGACGAGCAGGCUCACAGGCCUCUUGACACGAUAGGCGGUCUCCUGAACGUCUCAUUGCUCUACCAUGUCUGGCUGUGUGGUGUCUUCCUCUUGAUGACUUGGUAUAUCUCAUGGAUACUCUUCAAAAUCUAUGCCACAGAGGCUUAUAUGUUCCCUGUUCAGCCACCAUUUGCGGAAGAAUCAGAUGAAUGCCUUCCUAAAGUCUUAAAUAGCAAUCCCCCACUCAUCAUAAAGUAUUUGGCCUUACAGGACCUGAUGUUGCUUUCUCAGUAUUCUCCUUCUCGAAGGCAAGAAGUUUUCAGCCUCAGCCAACCAGGUGGACAUCCCCACAAUUGGACUGCUAUUUCGAGGGAGUGUUUGAGUCUUUUAAAUGAUAUGACUCAGAAGCUGGUUCUCUACCAAGAAGCUGCUGCUACGAAUGGGAGGAUGUAUUCCUCAUACUCAGUGGAACCCAAGAGACUGAGUUCUCCAGAAGAAACUGCUUUUCAGACUCCAAAACCUAGCCAGAUGCCUUCCGUGCCGCCACUAGUUAAAACCUCAUUGUUUUCUCCAAAAUUAAGUACCCCUGACGCUUCAAGUCCUUUUGGGACUCCGUUUGGCUCCAGUGUAGUGAACCGAAUGGCUGGAAUUUUUGAUGUAAACACCUGCUGUGGAUCUCCCCAGAGUCCUCAGCUCGUCAGAAGAGGGCCGAGACUGUGGACUCACACUUCCGAUCAGCAAGUGUCUGCAGUCUCUAAUCCCUCUCCUUGUGCCUCUGUCACUGCUGAGGGCAAGGCAGUGAGGCAGCCCAGUGUGCUCUACUCGUGGAUUCAGAAUAAACGGGAGCAGAUUAAGAAUUUCUUGUCAAAACGGGUGCUGAUAAUGUACUUUUUCAGUAAGCAUCCAGAGGCCUCCAUUCAGGCUGUUUUUUCAGAUGCCCAAAUGCAUAUUUGGGCUUUAGAAGGUCUGUCUCACUUAGUAGCAGCAUCAUUUACAGAAGAUAGAUUUGGAGUUGUCCAGACCACGCUCCCAGCUAUCCUUAAUACUCUGCUGACUCUGCAGGAGGCUGUUGACAAGUACUUCAAGCUGCCCCACGCUUCUAGUAAACCACCCCGAACUUCAGGAAGCCUCGUGGACACAUCCUACAAAACAUUACGAUUUGCUUUCAGGGCCUCACUGAAAACCGCUAUCUACCGUAUAACCACCACGUUUGGUGAACAUCUGAAUGCUGUGCAAGCAUCUGCAGAACAUCAGAAAAGACUUCAACAGUUCUUGGAGUUCAAAGAAUAGUUAAGUAAUAUAAACUGUGUUCAUUACCCUGCUGAUACAACUACAGAUGGGACAGUAAAUGUUCAGCAUUCUUGGAUCAGAAGAAAAUGGACUAAUUAGAUGCUUCCUUUGUCGUGGUGCCUGCUUUGAAAACUAUACUUUAAUGGGAGAAAUCAUGGAAAGAAAUUCUCAGCAGAAUAACCGAAAACUGCCUUUUCUGUACCAAAUGCUUUUUGUGUGUGUGGUAUAAUAAAAUCUUUAUUCAGUUUUACAGGAGCGUCUGUGGCAGCCUUGCUCAUAUAACCUGAUAACAAUUACUCACAAUUGUUUUUAGAAUUUACUUUUGAAAACAGUGGAGGCAGCUCAGAAGUUAAAGGCGGGUGUCUUGACGUAGUCCCCCAAUCGCACUAAGAGGUUAGCUCUUUGUAAACUCACAAAACAUAAACUUGGGAUUAGUUUGUUUACUAAAGGAUAAAAAUGGUAAUGGCAGAGAAAAACUCACAGUAAAAAUGUUGUCUACAGGACAUAUUUUGUUAAUCUGUUAGUUGUGUUUUUGUUUCCAGGGACAAAUUAAAUUUGCAUGAUUGUCCAAAAAGAGUCUCGAUUUACAGAUGCUAACUCUAUAUAAAGGAAUGUAGAAAAAUUGAAAUCUUAAGGUACACGAUUAAGCAUUCACAUUUGGCUUUUGAGAAAUAAUUUGAGCAGCAUCUAUGACUUCAUUGGACCAUGCUGUACAGGAUGGGAGCGCCCCAACGUUUCCCAGCCAGUUUUGCUUUCUUUUUUGAAAUGACGUUAAACAGUUGGCAGAGGUCCUCAAAGAGGGGGAAAGGUUCCCUUCUCCUACUGUGUGUCUUUACCAGAUCCAAUUCUGGUGUGAGUCUAGUCUGUCUUCACAUGGAGAGCAGCCUCUGCUGUGUUAACUGGCUAAUUAAAAUAUAAUAGGACAAGCUUUAGAGCCAGAAGCACAUAGUCAUCAAAUAAGCAAGUGAAACUGGAAUGUCAGGUGUCACUGUCCUUAGGAGCAUGUACGUCCCAAAUACACAUGUACAUGUGGUCAUUUUAUGGCUUAUUAGACCAUUUCUUUGGAGAUGAAUCCUGGGAAGUCCUGCUGGCAGAUAUUCUCUGGACUAGCUUUGGGCCAAAGCCUCCUUUGUAAGUCCUUUGCUGUUGUCUUUUUCUUUAAAGUCAGUACAGUAUUGUAUAUGAAUCUUAAAUGCGAUGUGUAUGCCUGGCCUUUGUCCUCUUCAUUGGCGUAUCACAUCUUUACAGAUCUACUGCCCUUCAACAGGCAUAUGGCAAAUUACAAAUGAAUCUUGCUAGCCUCAAAAAUGUCUCUGUGGGACAAUUCCUCACCUUGAUUGUUAAGUUUUUGGGUCUUUUAAAUCCCCCGUCUACCUUGUGUGUGAAGUUCUCUUGAUCUCUUUUUCAGUGUUUCCAGUGUGUUGCUUUCCUACAGAUAACCAGAGAAGCCUAGCACUAUGUGUUCUGUGAAUUAAAGCCAUAGGCCUUUUAUGUUUGCUGCUGCCUCUGACCGAAGCAUUUCAGGAGACAAAUCUUAAUGUUAUGUUUCCAUAAAGAACUGUGGCGUGUUUGUAGCCUACUGAAGAGGGCGUUCCUUUAAACUUGGACGGACUCCUACGAAAUGUCUGGUUCAGUUUAGGUUCUUGCCUUUCCCACGUCCUCUGGGUGAAAGUAUAUUUGAUAGCAAUAUGAAUCUUUCCGGAUGUGCUGUGUCUGAGGUAUUGACCACACCACAUCUGCCUGGUGGGGAGCAGGACACUGCCAUCCCCUCAGAUCUGCAUUGCCUUUGGAAGGUGAGGGGUCACUUUUUCCUUUGUAUAUUUGUGGGCCCUCCCUUUUUAAGAAAAAAAAGGGGGGGGGCACACAAUGAGGACUUGAGGGAGGUCAGCAGGAGAGAAGCAUUUGCUUGGGUGAAGUUGUAACCUGCUGACAAGCCUACUGAAGCGAUGGCCUGAGAUUAGUCUCUGAAAGCCUUUCUCUGACUUCACACCACGACUCUCUCGACACCGGUGUUUGUGUCUCUAAUGGAACAUAGGAAGCCACAAAUUGCUUUUGCAGAGUAGUGGGAAAGUUGUAGACUUAACCUUCUGUUGAGUAGACACGGCUAAGUCACACUGGGUUCCGGUGGUGAUGUCUUCAGGAGUGUUUUGUGUGUCUUCCUAUUGAUAUUUAUGAUAAUCUGUUUAUAUCCUUUUGUAUAUCAUUGAUACUGAAUUGGUAGAAAAUAAAGUGGCGAUUCUUUGCCAAGACUGUUCACUGAA